AUGGAACAGCAGCGACCUUCUUCGUUCAAGGAUCCCGAAACCACCACCAAUACCACCACUACAAUGAGCGUCGCCACUGCGGCGGACGAGAAGCAGCAGCAGCAGCAGCAGCUACAGCCAGACAGUCUACACGAUGCCAGCGAAAAGCAGCAGCACCAAGAGACAGCGACCACGCAACUGCCUGCUUACGAAGAACCAGAGUAUCCUGACACUGUCAAGCUCUCGCUGACCAUAUUUGCGCUGUGCGUCUCCAUCUUUCUCGUGGCCCUCGACCAGACCAUUGUUGCGCCCGCACUCGGCGCCAUUACGACCCAAUUCGACAGCACAAAGGACAUUGGCUGGUAUGGAUCCACCUAUCUCCUAACGUCGACAUGUCUGCAACCCAUCUACGGCGUCAUAUACCGACACUUCAACAUCAAGUGGACUUUUCUCACAGCCAUCUUCGUCUUUGAAGUUGGUAGCUUGAUCUGCGCCGUCUCCCCCACGUCGGUCGCCUUCAUCAUCGGCCGCGCGAUUGCUGGCGUGGGUACGGCCGGUCUGUUUUCCGGCGCCAUCGUGAUUCUCUCCCACUCUCUUCCUCUCUCGAAGCGUCCUAUUGCUUUCGGCAUCAUCGGCGGCGUGUGGGGCAUCGCCUCCGUCGCCGGUCCGUUGCUCGGCGGCGCUUUUACCGACCAUGUCACCUGGCGCUGGUGCUUCUACAUUAACCUCCCCGUUGGUGGCGUCGCCAUGGCCAUUGUCGUGUGGGCCGUUCACAUCAAUCGCAACACCAAGCAUUCCGAAGGCCUCUCCAUCGUCCAGCGCAUUCUCAAGCUCGACCUCGUCGGCACCGCCAUCUUCAUCCCGGCCAUCGUCUGCCUUCUCUUGGCGCUGCAGUGGGGUGGCGCCACCUAUCCCUGGAGUAACUCUCGCAUCAUUGGACUCUUCGUCGGUGCCGGCGCCAUGAUCGCUCUCUUCAUCGGCGUGCAAUGGUGGCGUUCGGACCAAGGCACUUUCCCACCAUUCCUGUUCAAGAACCGGAGCAUUGUCGCCGCCAUGUCAUUUUGCUUCUUCUUCGGCGCUGGCUUCUUCCCUUUGAUCUACUACCUAUGCAAGUAUUUCCAACCCCAUGCUGUCUACUUCCAGACUAUCCAAGGCGUCAGUGCUGUUCAGGCUGGCAUCAAGGUCCUGCCUCUUUUGCUUGCCACCGUCAUCUGCUCCGUCGUCUCUGGAGCCAUGGUUUCGCGCUUCGGCACCUACAAUUACGUCAUUGUCCCUUGCAUGGUGCUCUUCUCCAUCGGUGCCGGCCUAAUCACCACCUUCGAUGUCCACACUCCCCUCCGUGAGUGGUUUGGCUACCAGGUUCUCGCCGGCCUCGGCGUUGGCGCUGGCUUCCAGAUUGCCGCCGUUGUUGUCCAGACUGUCUUGCCCCAGGAAUGGAUCCCCGUCGGUACCGCAUGCGUCCAGUUCUUCCAGAGCCUGGGAGGCUCCAUCUUCAUCGCCGUCGCCCAGACUGUAUUCCAAAACGGCCUCCUUGAAGGCAUUGAAAGUGCUAACCUCGGUAUCGAUUCCCGUAUCUUUAUCAACAGCGGCGUCUCGCAAGCCCGAAAUAUUCUCCAACAAUUACACCGUGAGGAUGCUCUCCCACUCGUCCUCGACGCUUAUAUGAAGGGUCUGCGCAACACGUACUAUAUUUCUAUGGCCUGUGCUAUUUGCGCAUUUCUGUCGGCGCUAGCACUUGAGAAGAGGUCGGUCAAGGAGAACAGGCAAGAAAAGGGGGAUGUUGAGGCCAUUGCGACUUAA